AUGAGUUCCAGGCGCAAUAAUGUUAGAGGUCCUACCUCUGCCCUAACAGACUUUCUCAGGGAGCAAAAUAUUACACCUACAACCGUAGCAACUCGAGUGGCAACUCAGAAUCAGCCCGCUGCAGGAUCCAGUAAUUCUGCACAAAUUCCCGACUCUGCAGAAGAGUCCGUACCACUGAGGCGCAAUCAAAGGCGCAACAGAGUGACGACACGCGAUGAGUAUGACUCCGAUGGUUUAGAUGAGCCCGAAGCUCCAGCCACUAAGAAGAAAAAGAUCACAGCAAAUAAAGCCAAGGGGAAGAAAACAGGGAAGAAAGACGAUGAGGAUGACUAUGAGGAUGACGACGAUCCAUACACGGCGUUGUCGAAAUUUGGAGCUAGAGCUAGGCCUGCAAACGGGAGUAUCGAGCGUUGUGCUGAAUGCGAGAAGGAGUUCUCUGUAAGCCAAUACACAAUAGCAGCCACCGGGUCCGGUUUCUUGUGUCACCCAUGCGCAAAAAAAUUGGGUAACGAUCCUUUCAAGAAGCCCACUGCACCCCGAAAGCGCAUGAAAGCGGCUGACAAACGCAACAUCGUGCACUUCGAGAAACCUCGCUUCCCGACGCUUGUGUCGAUAUGCAUCAACAUUAUCUCCACUCAUAUCGACGACAUCGAAGCAUUUGGUGACAUUGGUACGUUGAAUAUGGAUGCGAUUUCCAAGGCCAUCUCCAGGAAGCGUAGUCUCAAUUCAGAGAACGUCCAUCUCUUCUAUGGCUCAGGAAAUACAUCUCUCACACUUUAUGAUGCGACUAAACUUUCCCCUACCGCACUCAUAACCCUAGGCCACCUGAAUCCCAACCUCACCACUCUUCAUCUCAAUUUUUGCGGAUUAAUAUCUGAUGAAGUCAUGAACUCAUGGCGCUCUUCACUCCCAAAUUUGGUACACCUCCAGCUCCUUGGACCGUUCCUCGUCCGUGUACCGGCCUGGAUUGCAUUUUUCGAAUCUCAUUCGCGAUUACAAAGUUUUCUCAUCACUCAAAGCCCCCGUUUUGACCUCGAAUGCCUCCAAAGCCUCAUUAGAACUAGCGGAAAGACGCUGACGAGAUUGGGUCUUAGGGCAGUCGGCUUGCUGUCUGACGAUUUCCUAGGACCAAUUGGGUUGUUAUCAGGCCAGCUCAGUUAUCUAGACAUCAGUGAGCCCUCGCAGUCUUGCAGCAAUGAGGCGGUCAACACACUUCUCGGUGCGGUAGGCUCUACACUUACGCACCUGAAUUUGUCCGGACACAUUGAGCUUACCGAUGAUGUGCUUCAAUUUGGUAUCCUACCUAACAUUACUAGUCUUCGACAUCUUACCCUCUCGAACCUUCCACUGCUCACUGACGAAGGUGUUGCUCUGUUCUUUUCCCAGUGGCCCAAUCCACCUUUGACUGCAGUAACAUUCUCUCGCAAUCCGAAGUUAUCAACAAACUCUCUUGUGGAGCUGCUCAAUCACUCUGGCGAAGGGCUGCGCUCGCUGGAUGUCAAUGGAUGGAAGGACGUGAGUGCGACCGCCCUUGCGAAUAUAGCGACACAAGCCAGAGAUUUGGGAAAGAUCGACCUUGGAUGGUGCCGCGAAGUUGAUGAUUUCAUCGUGAAAUCGAUAUUGGAUAAUUGCAAAAACAGAUUGACCGAAGUAAAAGUUUGGGGAUGCAACAAAGUCCAAGGAAAAUGGGUUACUAGUGGAACAAAAACCAAAGCAAAGAUUUUUGGUAUUGAACGCGCACAUACUUCUAUCAUAUGA